UCCAGAUGUGCUCAAAAAACAGCCUCUGUGUGGAAGCCCAGUUCCCCAAUCCCAGAGAGACUUGGAUUCAAAGACGUACCGACUCUCGACUUCUGUCCCACCCAGGAGGCGGUGUCCGGCCUCCAACCUGCGCCCGCAGAGGGGAGGGCAUUGCUGCCCUCCAGAAAAAAGGGAGGGUGGUAAGAACUUUGUCAUCGCACAGGGAGGAAUUCGGGGACCUACCUGUAGCUCCUCUUGUCUCAUCAAGCUUCAAGGCUGGUUUCUCACCUCUGUGGGAGGAAAGAUGCAUCCGAAGGCUUUGCUGUUAAUGCUGCUCUUCUGCAAUGUCCAGGCUGCUGUGUCCUGCAGGUGGGGCAGGGCGGUGCUCUUUCCUGCCGCCCACCGACCCAAGAGGUCCUUAUCUCUACCAUUGAACCCAGUCUUGCAGACCUCCCUGGAAGAAGUGGACCUGCUCUAUGAGUUCCUACUGGCUGAACUCGAGAUCAGCCCUGACCUGCAGAUCUCCAUCAAGGAUGAGGAGCUAGCUUCCUUGCGGAAGGCCUUAAACUUCCGCUCCAUCUGCAACGGCGUGAUCCCCAAGAGCAUCCCAAGCAUCCGCCGGCUGAGUGCCAGCCUGGCCAGCCACCCUGGCGUCCUCAAGAAAGAAGACUUUGAAAGGACAGCUCUGACCCUGGCCUAUGCAGCCUACCGCACGGCUCAGUCCCAAGGGCAUCAGAAAGACGUCUGGGCCCAGUCCCUCCUCAGCCUCUUUCAGGCCCUGAGGCAUGACUUAAUGCGGUCCUCUGGCACUUCAAGGUCUCCCUGAGUGACUGGCACGUGCCAGAACCUUGAAGAGGGGACUAGCAACUUCCAGAAAGUUCAUUCUCUACCUACAGAGACCAUCAAGAAAAACCAGCACUGUCCCCGCAGGGUAGCAGAGAUGAGUCACCCGGACAGACACACACUCUCUGCCUCUUGUUGCUUCCUGACAGACACGUGUGCUCUAUCAUGUGAGCGGGGUUGGAAGAAAAUGCUAGAACAGUUAUUGAAGGGAUCUCCAAAGGUCAGUGGUUUUGCCUGGCAUCACAGCAGUUCAAGAUAUGAAUGACGCAGAGGGUUGACCACCUGCACCCUGGAAGGAGGACCAAGCUAGAGAAGGCCUCAUGGAAGUCUGGUUAUAGUAGGAAGAUGGACAGAUUCCUUUGGUUCCAAGGGGUUAGGAUACUGGGUUGAAUCAGUAUAUCCCCACAGGCCUUACAGAAAAUGUAAAGAAGGUAGAAUGAUAGUCUAGUGAAUAAAGUGUUAGCCAAGGA